AGUAGUCGUUUAACUUUCUCUGCUGCUGUCUGGGGGAAUGUGCUGAAGGUUUCUAGGCCUCCCCUCCCCCUCCAGGUGUUAUCUCACCUGAGUGUGUGUUGCUCAGACACACCCAGAGACUCAGCACCAGCCAAUCGCUGCUCCGAGAAACGCUCACCAAGGAGCUGCACUUCCUGUGCUGGGUGAAGGAAGAAUGGCAGCAGGACAGAGCAGAGGAGAGCCGUGUUGUGUUUUCUAAGCAGGGGAGGGUCCGUCCAGACGACCAGCAGCACCGAGGAGCCCAACAAACCCGGCAGGCUUCAGUCUGGUUUAUGAGAGCAGAGCUGAGCAGCAGCAGAGAGCGAGAGGACGAGGCCGAGGGAAGAAGGAGGGCAGAGAUAAGUGUCAAUCUGUUCAGACUUGUUUGGGAAUUUGAGGAAGGAGGCGAGCCAGAGAGGCAGCGAGAGGCAGAGCUCAGCGUAAACAUUAACUUCUCUUAGACAGAAAAAGGGGGAAAAAGCAGCUCAGAUUUAGUGGAAAAAAACCCUUUCUUCUGUCACUGAGACAAUGUGAACCAGAGCAGGGGCUUUUCUCAGUUGUGCAAUCUCAUGUUUCUGAGCUGAUCUGGACCUGGGGAGCCCACAGAGCACAACUCCCCGGGACUCUACGUUCAGGUUUCUCCAAAUUAUGCUCCAAUGGAGACCAAAAGGCCGAGCUGCAGCCUUCUCGACUCAAACGUUAACAUGUCCGACCACAAGCUCCAGCCGGGCGGAAGAAUCUCCAGAGAUCCCAGUCCGAGGCCGGCGAUGACGGCCCAGUCCGACCGAGAGGAGGUCCGGAGGAGUGAGAGCCAAGCUGUGAAGAUGAGAGACAAAGUGAGAUACAAAGACGUGGAGACAAUGGAGAGACUCUAUGAAAGAGAGAGACGAAGGGAUGGAGAGAGGAGAGAGAGGAGGCCAGAGGAGGACAGAGGAAGGAAUGGAAGACCUCUGUCCAACCAGGAGAAGGAGGCCGAGAGGGACGUCAGGAGAGGCCCGAAGAAAGGCGACACAUUUCCCAGAGUCAAGAAAGACAACAGAAGAAUGACGCCGAGCGACGAAAGAGGGGAGAGGAGGCCGAGGAGAGGAGAUGAGGAGGGCUGGGACAGAACCUGGUACCGAGACGAAGUCCGACCCAGAGACAGAAACCAGGAAUCAGACCUCCGAGGUCAGGACUGGAGACGAGAUGUGGAGGUCAGAGCGAGGGAGGAAGGUAGAAGAAGAGAGAGAGAGGUCAGGGUGAGUUCUCCUCACAGAAGACGAGACAGAGAGGUUCAUUCGGAUAGAAGAGAGAAGAGGGAAGGACGGAGGGACACGAGGAGCGAAGGGGACAGCGAGGAGAGAGAGAUGAGGAGGGAGACAGCCAAGAGAGAGGAGGUGGUCUACCAGAACAGCAGGAGUGAAGGAGACGACAAGAGAGACAGGGAGAGGGAGGAGGACAGGGCCAGGAGGAGGGCAGACAGGCAGAGGAGGACAGAAAGACAGGAGGACAGGUACGACAGGAAGGAGGACAGGUACGACAGGAAGGAGGACAGGUACGACAGGAAGGAGGACAGGUACGACAGGAAGGAGGACAGGAAGGAGGACAGGAAGGAGGACAGGUACGACAGGAAGGAGGACAGGUACGACAGGAAGGAGGACAGGUACGACAGGAAGGAGGACAGGAAGGAGGACAGGUACGACAGGAAGGAGGACAGAAAGGAGGACAGGUACGACAGGAAGGAGGACAGGUACGACAGGAAGGAGGACAGGUACGACAGGAAGGAGGACAGGAAGGAGGACAGGUACGACAGGAAGGAGGACAGGUACGACAGGAAGGACGACAGGAAGGAGGUCAGGUACGACAGGAAGGAGGUCAGGUACGACAGGAAGGAGGACAGGAAGGAGGACAGGUACGACAGGAAUGACAGGAAAGAGGAGAGGUAUGACAGGAAGGAGGACAGGUACGACAGGAAAGAGGAGAGGUAUGACAGGAAGGAGGAGAGGAAGGAGGACGAUGCAUUCAGGCGUCAGAGGACAGAUCGGGACAGAGUACCUCCCAAACCUCCACCGCGAGCCCAGAGCAGCGGCGAGUGGAGCAGUGACAGCGAGUCCAGAUUCAGGAGAGACCAAGACAGACGAGACUUGGAGAGAAGACACGAAGGGAGAAGUGAGGGAGGCAGAGGGGAGGCGACAGGGGGAGCGUCAGAGCAGAGGAGGAUGUGGUUAGAACCGCAGAGGAAUACCAGAGAACCAUCUGUAGACCGAGAGAGGCACGCGAGGCAGAAAGAGAGCAGGAUGGAGGCCGAGGAGAAGAAAGCAGAGGAGGGCAGAUAUAGGGGAGGACAGGGAGAGACAGAGGGGGUGAGUGUGGACGGAGAGGAGGUGCAGGAGAGACAUCCGUCCAACAGCGAAGGGGAGGAAAGAGAUGGAAGCGACUACUGGGCGCGCUCGGAAGACAGCGAAGGAGGAAGUGAUGCGGACUGGAGGCAGGAAAGGGACAGAAUGCUGUCGGGAGAGGACGGCUUCGUCACCGUGUCCAGCAGCGGAGACCGAGAAGACGAGGAGGACGAGGAGUUCGUGGACUGCCAGGAGUUCUGGGACGUCAGAGAUGACUCACCUGGAGAGGAGGAGGAGACUAAGUAUGGCUUCUGUGUGACUGGACAGACUCUGCCCCGGUCACAAGCCGGUCAGACAGGUGUAGACGAGGCAAGUUUAGAAACUCGUCAUGAUGACCUCAGACGUGGCCAACACCCAAACACCACCCAGGAACCAGAGGAACCCCUCCCCUCUGAGCUUCAGGAGCCCAGAGUCAUCCUGAGGAGCAAACCUGAGCAUCCGUAUGACGAGGUCGGGACGAUUAAACGAGACUCUCAGACCGAAAGACUCCUCAAAGAAUGGAGGCAGAAGAACAAAGACCCGGCAGCCGGAGACGCCGACCAGACCUCUCCUCUCCCCAGGAACCCCUACGCCGACGUCGGCUCCCAGGUGGACUUUGAGAAUAUCCAGCCCAUCCUGGACCAGAUCAAGUCCGGAGCCAUGAGUCCGGAGGAGGUGGAGGCUAUCCGGAUCCGGAUGAGCGGAGCUUGGAGCAUGUCCGAGGAGCCCAAGAGGCACUCCCAGGCACCUCACCUCAAGUGGGCCAAAAACGUGAUCCGAGAGAUCCUGGGACGCUCCGAGGAGACGGGGGUGGACGAACCGAACACACCCAAACAACCUGAACCCGAAGAGGAGGAGGAGGAGGAGGAGGAGGAAGAGGCGGCGCCUGAUGUUCAGCUAACACCGGAGGAGGAUCAGUCGGAGGAGGAGCUGGAGGGGCUGAGAGGUACGAGGUCGAGCAGAGCCGUCAUGCAUGUUGAACAGCAACCAGACAUGCAUGUAAAAACUAACACGCCACUAGAGACGGACAGACAGGGAGGACAGGCAGAGAGGAAAGAUCUAGAGGGAGGAGGCGAGGAGGUGGCAGGGAGCAAACGAAAGGAGGUGGAGAUGUUUCUGAGUGUCAGCGGCACUCUGUACAAACCCAGCAGCUGCCCCAUUCUGAACUAUGAGGAUGAGGAGGAGGUGGAGGAGGCAGGGAAGGCACAGGAAGUGGAGGUGGGAGUCAGACAGGAAGUGGAGGUGGAAGGCAGACAGGAAGUGGAGGUGGAAGGCAGACAGGAAGUGGAAGUGGACAAGGGUAAAGUAGGGACGUUGACGAGCUCCUGCAGCUUUCAGGAUCUGGGUCCUGAAGUUCGGAUCCGAAGGAGAGGAAUCCGUAAGACGACAGAGAGAAGAAAUGGAGAGCUGGUAGAGGUGGAGGAAGAAGAGGAUGAAGGUGUUGGAAGAGACCGCAGAACCAGAAUAUUCUCUGCAACAGAUGACGAAGACGACCGCAGUAAAAGCUGGGGGGAAGUGGAGCUCAAGAAUGUUUUGGACACGAUCGACAAGCGAAGAAGGAACUCAAAGUUUUUCAAUGCUGCCCAGCUCUACCAGCAGUACAGUGAAGCAGCUCAGAACUUUGAGAUCCUCCGUCAGGCCCGUUCAGACAUCCUCUCGCUGUGUGAGGAGAACUCUCCGGCUCCUUCUCCUCCUCCGGCCCGCCGCCCCCUGCCUCCCCUGCCUCCCGUCCCUCACCCCCACUCCCUCAGCCACAGCCCCUCCAUCAGCAGCACCCAGAGCCUGACGCUGCCAGAACCCCCCAGAACCGAGCGCCGGUCCUCCUCCCCCAGACUCUCCAUCUCCCUCAGCGGCCAGUCGGCCUCCCUGUGGAGGGAGCUGCCCGGAGUCAGGAACAGCGUGGAGCUGGAGGAGCUGAGCGAGGACCAGAGGAGGCUGCAGGAGGUGAGGUUUGAGGUGGUGACCUCAGAGGCUUCGUACUGCAGGAGUCUGGACAUCGUGGUGGACCACUUUGUGAAGUCCAAGCAGCUCGGAGCGAAGCUGACCAACCAGGACAGGAACUGGCUCUUCUCCAGACUGGCCGAUGUCCGAGCCAUCAGCCACAGUUUCCUGUCAAAGCUGGAGGAGCGGGUCGAGUCGGACAUCAUGCACUUCACGGUUUGUGACAUCAUCGCUCGCCACUGCCAGCGCUUCAGGAUGGUUUAUGUUCCCUACCUCACCAACCAGUCGUACCAGGACGCCACCUACCAGAGGCUCAUGAACGAGAAUCAGGAGUUCAAGCAGCUGGUGGCCAAACUAGAGAGGAGUCCGGUCUGCCAGAGGCUUCCUCUGCGCUCCUUCCUGGUUCUUCCCUUCCAGAGAAUCACCAGAAUCAAGCUGCUGGUCCAGAACAUCGUGAAGAGGACGACUCCAGGAACAGCAGAAGCCCUGCAGGCCAUCAAAGCCAUGAAGCUCCUGGAGAAGCUGAUCCAGGAGAGCAACGACAGCAUCUCUCAGAUGAAGAGCAUCGAGUCUCUGGUUUCUCUCAGCGCUAAAGUCGACUUCGAGUGCAGAACUCUUCCUCUGGUCAGUCAGUCCCGUCGGCUGGUGAGAGAAGGUCCGGUUACCGAGCUGAUAGAUUUCUCUCUGAAGGACACGGAGCGAGGCGUUUACCUUCAUCUGUUCAACGACUACCUGCUGCUGUCGCUGCAGAAAGAAGGAGGAAGGUUCACCGUCAUCGAUCACUCUCCCGUCUCAGACCUGCGAGCAGAAAACUGCCGAGUCAAGCUUCACUCGCUGCAGAAGAACCUGUUCCGGCUGCACAUGUCGCACAAAGCCCUGCUGCUCCGGACCGACACACAGAGCGAUAAGCUACGCUGGAUAUCGGCGCUCUCCAGGCCUCAUCAGGAAAUAGACUUUUCUGCUGCACAAGAUUUCGAACAGAUGCAGUGUAUCCGAGCCUUCGUUGCCCAGCAACCGGACGAGCUGUCCUUAGAAAAAGCCGACGUUAUUCUGGUGCACCAGCAGAGCAGCGACAACUGGGUCGAGGGAACCCGGCUGUCGGACCGACACCGUGGGUGGAUGCCCAAGUCCCACCUGGAGACCAUCAGCAACUCCAGAGUCCGACAACGAAACCUGUCGGACGCCCUCAAACUCACCACGGCCACAGCUGCUGUCUAGGACCCUGAACGCACCACAAAGGAAACUGUUUUAAACUGCUGGGACCGAGCUUCAGAGACGUUUCUGCUCCCAGUUUGGAUGCUUCUCAGCAGAACUUUGGUUGAUUCACUCGGUGGAACGUCUGCAGAGACACGUGAAAGACUUUAACCCGUCUGCUACCCGCCACAGACAGCGAGGGUCUGUGUUUUAAGAACAAUAUCUUCUAAAGGAAAUUACCUUUUUCCAAGAAAUGCUGUUGUUGGAAAAAGUAUUAUUGUUUGUGUAUAUUGAACAGAAUCCAAUGAUUUUUGAAUCGGAGCCGAUAGUACUUAAAGAUUCAAAGGUUUUACAGAAUACAUUUCAAUAAACUGAUUGAUGGAAUAAAAACACGUGAGCCUUA